AUGACGUGGCCAGCAGCAGAGCCGACGGCUACGGAGGAGUGCCAACUGCGUCAGAGGAAGCGGUGCACGCCAGCAGCAGCAGCAGCUGCUGCUGCAGCCGCGACAGCAAAAGUUGUAGCCGAAAUGCAGGCUGAGCCGGUUGAAACGAGAGCGAGAACGGCGGAAAUAUCAUCAACAGCAGCCUCAGCAUCAUCAUCCUCGGCAGCCUCCUAUCCAGGGCAGAUUCCCCCCUCCGUGCUGUCUCCCUCCUCUUCCAGCGGCCUCUCACGCGCAUCUGGUGCUGCCACACCCACUGGCGGCUUAGUUGCACCUGCAACAGCUGCGGUGGCUCGCAAAAGCGAAGCAGCUGCAGCCAGGGAUGUGUGGUUGCAGCACUGUAGCAGCGAGCUGCGGCUUGAACAGCUGCAAAUGCUGAAGGAGGAAACAGCCGUCAACCGCAAGAAGCGGAUGCCGCUGCACGAUGUGGAGCAUGCCUACUACAAAAGCUCGAUGCUCUCCCACCACUCCAAGAUGCUCAACCUUCGGGGAUUUUUCAACCUUUUUUUCAUCGUCCUCGUCGUUGUAAAUGCGAGCCUCGUUACGGAGAACAUUCUGACUUAUGGCUGUUUGUUGCAGUUUCCACGGAGUAUAGAGGACUUGAGCAAGAAUUGGCCAGUGUUAUGCUGCUUCAUUCUCUUUCAAUACCCGUUUACGCCAUGCAUUCGAUGGUUUUCUGUACUGCGUCACGUCGCUGAGUCUGCUGUCUGCCUCGCCAUGAUGAAGAUCGUAAUUGACCAGUAUAUCUGGAUAGUGGUGCGCGACUCGUUCUCCAUAACUCAGCUCCAGACCAUUCCGCUUUCCGUUCUCGUUUCCCACUUCUUCAGACAAAUGAUUCGCCUCUCGAUCCCCAAUUUGUAUGUUUGGCUCCUUAUGUUUAUCGGGCUCUUCCACCACUGGUGUAACAUCCUAGCAGAAAUCACGAGAUUUGGCGAUCGAGAAUUCUAUCUUGACUGGUGGAAUGCUUCGUCUUUUGGGGAAUACUGGCGCAAGUGGAACCUCCCGAUUCACUUCUUUUUGCACCGGCACGUGAACAAGCCGCUCCUGAGAAACGGCGUUCCUAAGUUUUUUGCGGCCUGCGUGGUGUUUUUCAUCUCGGCCUUAAUGCACGAGUACCUCGUAGUGGUGCCGCUGCAGCUGGGGUGGACGGGAUUCAUCUUUUUCGCCUUUAUUGGCCAAAUUCCCCUUAUGUAUAUAACGAACAUCCAAUUUCUUGGCAUUUUGUUAUAUUGGUAUUUAUGGGGAGUAAAGCAGGGAGCAGUUACAGAGCUGGAUCCAAGUCGAAUAGCCCUCUCUUAG